AUGGAGAGCGGCGGGAGGCUGAGCGGGGAGGCAUGUCUCACCCCUCCUGAGACCACACAGGCUACUGGAGCCGAAGCUCUAGAUUGGACGCAAGAUUGCCUUGCCGUGCUUUACGCUUUGAUGCCGUGGGGUGAUCAGCAUCAGGACUUUGCAUCAAUGUUGCGCUUGAUCGCAACAUCCCUGUGCCUCCGGUGCCAACGUGUCACAGCUCUACCUUUAAACGUCAGGCCAUGUGCGACACUGAGUUCAGCAGAGAACCAGAAGACCGUGAAGGCUCUUUAUGAUCUCUCUGUGGACGUCCAGAAGGUCAGGAAACUGAAGGGCUGGGUUCUGCAUCAGAGCCCAGCCUAUACUGAGGAGGUAGCUGACCUGCUGAUGGACAUGGGGGCCUCAGGUGUCAUAAUCUCUCGGAUCUUAGCAGUUCAUCCUGAGGCGGUCCUUUGUCACCCAGAGCAGAUGAAGGCUCAGAGGGACCUGUGGAUGACUGUAUGCCCAAACUUGAAAGACUUGGUUGGUAUCAUUGAGAAAUUCCCUGCCUCUUUCUUCACCUCCUCCUGCCACCAUGACAACCAGCAGAACAACAUUGCUUACUUCCAGAGCUUAAAUCUCAACAAGCGAAUUAUCACCAAACUCAUGGCCAGCGCUCCCCAGAGCUUCAGCCGGCCAGUAGAGCAGAACGAGGUGAUGGUGCGCACCCUCCAGCAGGCCUACCAGGAGCUGGGAGGGGAGGAGGCCAACAUGAAGAUCUGGCUUCAGAAACUGCUGAGCCAGAACCCAUAUGUUCUCCUCAAGCCCCCAGAGGUGCUGAGGCAGAACUUGCUGUUCCUGAGAGACAAGGGCUUCAGCACUGCAGAGCUCCUCCGUCUCCUCUCCAAGCUAAGGGGCUUUGUCACCGAGCUGAACCCGGACAGUAUGCGUCGCACCCUGGUGUACUCUCAGGACACCAUGGGGUGCUCCGAGGCAGAUCUUCUGGACAUCAUCCUCAACUGCCCUGCUCUGCUCUACUACCCUGAGGCUAUUCUGGCUGAGCGCUUUGAGGGGCUCCUUAGCGCAGGGAUCAGCAUGUCUCAAAUCAUGGAGACUCCGACCGUCCUAGAGCUGACCUCACAGAUAGUGAAUUACCGCAUCCAGCGACUGAGGGGGCAUGGCUAUGAUGUAAGGACAGGUAGUCUGGAGGUCCUAAAUGGCACUAAGAAGGAAUUUGAGAUGAGCUACGGAAAACUCCAGCUACGUAGAGAGAGGCCACUUUUUAACCCUGUUGCCCCUUUAAAAGUAGAUGACUGACAUGGGCUAUAUGGACUAAUGCAAGUUCAUUAAAGCUGUAACUGGGUGUAUGCUGUUCUUGUGAUUAUUUAGUACGAUGUCAGUAUCAGAUUAAAGUGAUUUAAGUCUAAAGGUGCACCCACAUCAAGCAUUUAUGUUUGAAUCAGAUUUGUGUGUUUUUUCCUGCAGUUUUAUUAAAAAAAUGACAAUGA